CAAUUGUCUUCCCGCAUCAGUCACCGUCCUGUCCUGCACCAUCACCACCAAACGGCCCGGCGCUCCACUUCCCGAGUCUGUCUUUUCAGUAACAUAUCUAUCUAACUUCGCUCAUUCUCACAAGCGUUCGCUUUAUUGUCCAGUCCAUGUGCCCCUCCUUCCCGGCUUGGCGAAACACUUGGGACUCCCUUGGGACGGUGGAAUGCUUCAAGAGUGCUUGAGACCUUAUAAACUCCCGCAGGACGGCAUGAGCAACGACUUCAUAUCAAACGUCAAUUAACCUCAUUUCUCUCGAAUUGGCAUCCCCCCUCUGCUAAUUUCCUUUCCUUCGUUGUCGCCUUCCUUAUUCUUGCCUUUCCUUCUGGGCUCUCCAACUAGCUCCAGCUUUACUUGCUCAUCCACCUCCAUCCUCUCGCCGGUCCACAUAAGAGUCGGAGGUACCUGCCCGAAUACCCCAGCGUUCCACAUCAUGGACUCUAUACGGCGAGGAAUCGAGUCGUUCAACGGUGUCGUUGGUCGCUCAACGUUUGGACGUGUAUUCCGCUUGGAAGGAUCCGGCCAUGAGAAAGAGCUUCGCGGAGCACGGUUCCUGACGGAAAUCCGGGCCGGUGUCACGACAUUCUUCACAAUGUCGUACAUUAUUGCUGUCAACGCCUCGAUUCUGGCAGACAGCGGUGGGACGUGCGUCUGCACCGAUCCCCUGGACCUUACCUGCAGCAACAACGAACCAUACCAGCAAUGUCUAAUAGAUGUCCACAGAGAUUUCAUCACUGCCACCGCAGUCAUAACCUGCAUCUCAUCCUUCCUCUUCGGGCUCAUGACGAAUCUGCCCGUGUCAUUGGGACCUGGCAUGGGUAUGAAUGCCUACUUUGCCUACCAAGUCGUCGGCUUCCAUGGCACCGGCCCUGUUCCAUACCGCCUCGCCCUUGCUGCGGUCUUCAUUGAGGGGUUCAUCUUCGUCUUCCUAUCCCUAAUUGGAAUGCGCCAGUGGCUAGUGCGCCUCCUGCCGACAUCCAUCAAGGUGGCUAGUGGCUGUGGUAUCGGUUUGUUUCUUUCACUGAUCGGACUGAGCUACUCCGCCGGAAUCGGUGCCAUAACUGGAUCAGCGGUCACGCCUCUCGAUCUGGCAGGGUGCCAGCCGCAAUAUCGCGAUGAUGCCACGGGAGAAUGCGUGUCGCACAAGAUGCAGAACCCGACGAUGUGGAUCGGCAUCUUUUGUGGAGGCAUUUUGACCACGUAUCUCAUGAGCUACAAGUUCAAGAGCGCCAUAAUUAUCGGUAUCCUGGUCGUCUCGAUCAUUUCCUGGCCUCGGAGUACUCCCAUGACAUUCUUCCCCCACACAGAUCUAGGCGACUCCAAAUUCGAUUUCUUCAAACAAGUCGUAACCUUCCGACCCAUGCAGCAUACCCUCAAUGCCAUCGACUGGAACAUUGGUAGGGCGGGGUCGCAGUUUGUCCUUGCACUCUUCACAUUCCUCUAUGUUGACAUCAUCGAUUGCACGGCAACACUGUACUCCAUGGCCCGCUUCUCUGGGGUAGUGGACCAAACCUCGGGCGACUUUCCUCGUUCCACCAUCGCGUAUUGCACGGAUGCAAUCAGCAUAUCCAUCGGCGCGGUCUUUGGAUGCAGUCCCGUCACCGCAUUCAUCGAAUCCGGAGCGGGGAUCGCCGAAGGGGGCAAGACCGGAUUGACCGCGAUGACCUGCGGAAUCUGCUUCUUCAUUUCCAUCUUCUUUGCGCCCAUCUUCGCAUCCAUCCCGCCUUGGGCAACCGGUUGCACACUCAUCAUUGUGGGUUGCAUGAUGUGCCGUCAAAUCACAAUGAUCAACUGGCGGUAUAUUGGUGACGCCAUCCCUGCCUUUGUGACACUAGUCUUCAUGCCAUUCUCAUAUAGUGUCGCCUACGGUCUUAUCGCUGGCCUUGCAACGUAUGUUGCGUUGAACGGCCUCAUUUUCCUCACCAAGCUCCUCUCCUUCGGUCAUAUCACCCCGGUUGAUGAAGACCACCAGGAAUACUGGACCAUCAAGCCCUCCGGCACGCGCCCGUGGUUCAUCCGCGCCGUCCAGGAUCCGCAUGAAUAUUUCCGAAAUCCAGCCGGACACGACGACGGAAAGGGAAUCCGAGAAGUUACGGAUAUGGAUGACGCCGGGUACCCUGAUGGGCGGGUCCGCGGGGCCGCAUAUGGGGAAAUGAGCAGUGAAAGGGGCUUGACGAGGAAGCAGUCCCGGCAGAUGAGCUCCGGGGGGAGCCAGAGCAGUACUGAGGAUAGAAUGGCGGUGCAUGUGAGCCAGCUGCAGAGGACGAGGUUACCGAGAGAGAAAGAGAUGGGAGGCGGUGUUUAUGUGUCGGAAUUUAAGCACUGAACUGACUCCCAGUGCCUGUGAUCUUACCGUGUUUGGAUUUGUGGCGAGGCAAUUUAUGAUUUCGCAUGCUUUUCGUUCCUCUCUCGUUCUACAGAACACUGGGCCCACGGCAGGCUUGCUUCUGGAUAUUGAAGGACAUGACCUGAAGGUUCAGUGAGCGAUUUACCGUUGCUUUUUAUGUUCCAUUGUCUUCCUACAGUUGAUUUUCUCCGACCGUUUCCCAGUCGGACCUGAUACCCGAGGUCACAAGCAGAUCAGAGCGCGUAUAUUUCUCACUCUCGCUUGCAGUCGAGCAUACAGUUUGGUGUUGAGGAAGGGUCACUCGCUUGCGUCGGCAGAUGCGCCUUUGAGCAAAAUAGUUAGUAUGGUUCGCUCCCCGAUCUUUGAAGGGCUCAGUCCACUAUACAGGGACAAUCAAUAAAGU